CGUGUUAAAGGGCUAAUGAUGUUUUCUGUGACUUCUUUAUUUUCAUCAAACACUUUAACAGACAUCUUAGAGGGCAAGUGUUGCAAUGGAUGCAAUUUAUGAAAAUUCUGCUUACAUCCGGUCAAGAGCUGAUGCAAGCCGCAGAUCUUCUCAAUCCAAGGGUCAGGCAAAAGCGGCUCCUUGCAAGAGAACUAAAGUUCUUCUGAUAGUUCUCUGUGUUUCUGUUGUUCUUGUAUUUGGGGGUCUCUGUCUUCUGGGGGUCCUGUAUUCUAAUUUUCUGCAUGAGAUGUCUCAAGACAUGAACAACACAAAUUAUGAAAUGGAGUUGGAAGCACUCAAAACCCAAAACAAGGAGACGCUUAGAAAGUUAAACAGAUUAAAUGAGAGCACAGGUUGUGCAGUUUGUGCCGUUAACUGGAUUCAUUUCGGAGGAAAAUGUUAUUACUUUUCUACUGUAAAGAUGAACUGGACUCGGAGUCGAGAUCACUGUGUGACUCUGGGAGGACACCUGGUCAUAAUAAACAACAACGCAGAGCAGGAUUUUCUGACCUCUAAUGUUAAAAUCACUCACUGGAUUGGACUCAAUGAUAUAGACAUUGAAGGACGAUGGGUUUGGGUGAAUAACCAGCCACUCAAUGACUCAAUAGAAUUCUGGAUCAAGCGGGAGAAUGGUGUCAGAGAGCCAGAUAACUGGACUAAAGAUCAUCCAGCAGGUGAGGACUGUGCUAGUCUGGGACACCCGGCGGGAGAAACUGAUUUCUGGACUGACGCUUUCUGCUUUAAAGAGAAACGAUUUGUGUGUGAAGCUCCUGCCUCCGUUUAAUUCUGCAAGAGCGAAAGGUUUCUGUGCAUCGCCGCUGAACAUUAUACAGAUGUUAUUCAUUUCUUAAGUUUGUGACUGAACACACAUGGCUUGAUUUUAAGGUUUGCUGAGCACACAAUUGAAGAAACCUCAAGUCAAAAUAUUUGUCAAUUAUAUAUAUAUAUAUAUACACCAGUGUUUGAAGUAAUGAACAAGAACGGUGGGGCUACUCACUACUGAGUCCAUUUUUGACACUUGUGGGGUUUUUUGGGCUAUGGUCUUAAACUUUUGAUCAGCUGAUGAACAGCCUGUUUGAGUUUAAAUGAAGUUUUCAAUAAAUUGCCCACUCUCUGUUUUUUUUGUUUUGCUCCUGUUUCUUGUUUUGGCCUUUUGAAGCAAUACUUACAACCUGGUUACGAUCCACCAGCGAGAAAUGCGAAUAGGCCUACUUGUAAUGUUUCCCCGGGUCUUAAGAUUUUAUUCAGGAGUGUAUA